AGGGCGGUCUUUUCACUUUCACUGAAACCCCCCGAAAACUCUGAUUAUCAUCGGAUGGAUCUGUGAAAAACCACAAAAAUCGUUUCUCUCGCACUUCACUCCGUCUGUCCUACCGUUGUUUAUCGUGUGCUUGGAAAGCGGAAACACUGUAAAAGGUGAAAGCGAACCAAAAAAAAACCAUCAACAAAGCGCUCAACAGCAAGCCAAGGGUGAAGGAGACCGAGUAAGAAACGCACUUCUGUGCUCUGUAUCUUUUCCCGGUCGAUUUUCCAAGCCUUCCACAACGAUUAGUAACCGGGAACGAGUGGUUCUUUUGCUCACCUCGAAAAAAGGCAGUAACACCAACCAGCGUCGCCGACCGAGACCGAGGGCUGUAAUCUUGUGCCUCGCGACUCGACGCAACGAACACGAACAGACGGCAGCGGUCCGUUGUUACUCUGCCCGUCGAUACUCCGCAGUGUGCUUCGAUCCGGCUCAGGUGUUUACUCUUUCGUUUACAGCCGGGAGCGACGGACGGGUUUCACGUUCGCGUGGUGCGUUCCGACCAAGCCGGCCUCCUCUUUCCAAGUGCAUCAGCCAGACCACCGCCUGUGUGUGCCGUGUGUGUUUGCGUGCGUCUGUGCUGCAGCUAAUUGUGCGAAUCUGCGAUUCAGCGUUCCUCGGUGCUCGGCGGAAGUGUGAUCGUUGCUGACACCCACUUUGCAUUACAAAGUUCAACCGCGACGUCCCGGCCGCGACAGUAACGAUGGCGACAGUUUCCGGGGUUCUUGGCAGUACGAGUGCGGUGCUGGUGUCGCUGUUCAUAUUGCGCAAAGUGGUGCCAUGGCUCUACCAGAACCUUAUCGGCCCGAAAGUGUUCGGGUGCCGCAUCAACGUGAAGAAACUGGGCGAAUGGGCCUUGAUCACCGGUGCAACCGAUGGCAUAGGGAAGGCGUACGCUAAAGCGCUCGCCAAACGAGGCCUCAAUGUCAUACUGGUCAGCCGAACCCUGUCCAAGCUGGAAGAUGUUGCCAAAGAGAUUGAGACGGAGUUUAAGGUGCGCACGAUGGUGAUCGAUGCCGACUUUACGGGUGGAGCGGAAAUUUACGAAAAGAUCCGGUCGCGCAUUGAAAAUCUCGAGAUCGGUGUGCUGGUGAACAACGUGGGCAUGAGCUAUGCGAACCCGGAGUAUCUGCUCGAUCUGCCCGAUAGUGAGAAGCUGAUCCAGAAUCUGAUCAACUGCAACGUGCUCUCGGUGACGCGCAUGUGCCAGCUGGUGAUGCCUGGCAUGGUUUCCCGGCAUGCCGGUCUGAUUGUGAACAUUUCCUCACUGUCCGCCGUCAUUCCGGCUCCCCUGUUGACGGUGUAUGCUGCCUCGAAGUCGUACAUGGACAAACUGAGCGAAGAUUUGGGAACGGAGUACGCAAAGCACAACAUCACCGUGCAGUCGGUGUUGCCGGGUCCGGUUGCCACCAACAUGUCGAAGAUUCGCAAAAGCACCUGGAUGGCUUGCUCGCCGAAGGUGUUUGUUGAAAGCGCCAUCAGUACGUUAGGCCAUGCGCGUCAUACUACGGGCUACUUCCCGCACUCCCUGCUCGAGCUGGCCAUCAACACGUUCAGCUUCCUGUUGCCGCGGUUGGUGGAACGCCUAACGCUCAAUACGAUGCAAAACAUUCGCGCACGGGCAAUGAAGAAAUCGUCAUCGAACCCACGAAAUGCUGCCGGUGCUCAGGAAGCGUCGAAGCUGACGAGUGGUGCUGCCGGAUCAUCGUAAACCAUGCACCGAUGCAGUUGGACAGUACAAAUUAACGACCGGAGUAACAUGGAACAACAUUUCGGGGAGAUCGGGGAAUAAUUUACUGCUCUGCUGCUACUGCUGCUGCUGCUACUGCUUUGGCGUUGCUGCAGAUUACUCCGAGGAAUCCUCGGACAUUGGGUGGACGGGAAGAAAGAACUUGAUGAUGAGUUGUUGGCGAGCAAUCUACCAAAUAAUUCAUUUGGGCAUGCCGGUACAGCACUAUUGGUCAUCGCGCUAACAUCGCUAGUCCGUUAAGUGUAGAGGCAGGUUCGCUUAAGAAUACACCGGGCCGCCCCUGCGAGGGAGGCUCGCGGGCAGUGAACCUAUUUCGUAUUCGUGCAUUUUCUCACCUUAGGAAACGUGCUAAUUGCAAAGGGGGGGAACGAACGAUUGUGCUAAGUUGAGAUGUUUUGUAGUAAAACAGCAAAAAUAAAAAUGCAUUUCCAUCGUAUGUUAAAUGAAACAGAA